AUGGCACUGGCACUUGUAGCUGUCUUUAGUAUUCUCGCCGCUACUUACGCACUUCCUUCGUGGCAAAAUGCCGAGAUCAAACGACACGCCACUGAUGUGUCUCAGGAGUACGACUACAUCGUAGUCGGCGGUGGGACUGCCGGCCUCACAGUAGCUAAUCGUCUCUCCGAAGAUGGCAAACCGGUUGGAGCUUACCCGGAUUACCAAUACGCCACCCAGAAAAAUCACUGGGUCGCUUGGGUGGAGAAGGACGAUGUUCCGAUCCAGAAGGAGCAUGCGAAUGGAAACGCAUAUGGUGUGUUCUGGAUUCCAACAUCCAUGGACCCGGCGAGGGCAUACAAUCGAAGUUUCUCUGGACUGGGCCACUAUAUCGAAGUACAGCCACGCAAGAACUAUCACUUGCUGACGUUGCAUCGUGUUAUCAAGGUGAACUUCGUCGACCAAGACGACAAGAAGCAGGCCGUCAGUGUCGAUAUAAAGGACCGAUACAGUUCAAAAAAUUUCACCGUUAAGGCAAAGCGUGAAAUUAUCCUCUCCGCAUCUGCCACACGCACUCCACUAUUGCUUCAAUACUCUGGCAUUGGUCCUAGGAAGGUUCUUGACGCUGCUAAGAUCGAUACAUUGAUUGACCUGCCUGGUGUAGGUUGGAACCUUCAGGAUCACUCUUUCGCGCUCAGCUUGUACAACUUUACUACCGACUCUUCAUUCCCUAAACCGACCACGAUCGCUUCCAAUACGACGUAUAAAGCAGAAGCUUACGAUAUCUUCAAACAGACUAAUGGAGGCCCUUACACGGCUGUUGUUACCGUCAGUGGUGCCUUUCUUCCUCCUUCUUCCUUCGUUGGCGAUCAUUUCGACAAGAUGGUGGAGGAGAUCGCGACCCAAAAGCCAUAUGCGUACCUCCCCGAUGAUACCCCUAAAGAACUCAUUGCGGGUUACGAGAAGCAGAAAGAGAUCUUACUGGCAUCUUUCAAGUCUAAAACGAAUGCUUGGCUCGAGCACCCUUUCGCCGGUAAAGGCUGGGGCAUGUGUAUCUUACUUAAACCAUUCUCUCGCGGCUCCGUCAACAUCAACUCGGACGACCCACUCGGCGACCCAAUCUUCGAUUACCGCAUUUGGUCCAACCCCAUCGAUAAGAAAAUGCACAUUCGCAUGCAGGCGUACAUACGCAGGCACUUUCUCGAAUCUGAGGCUUUCAAUGAUUUUAAUGUUGUUGAACAAGAUCUAGCGCCGGGCGCUGUCACUGAUGACGCGGGCUGGGAGGGCUGGCUACUUAAUCAAGAUAAGUUGAUGGCGUCCAACGGUCACAGCGUGGGAACUGCGGCGAUGAUGCCUCAAGAAUUAGUUGGUGUGGUUGACAACCAGCUCAAGGUGUACGGAACGCUGGGUCUAAGUAUUGCGGACACAAGUAUCAUUCCGCUCAUACGAGCGUACCCAUACGCAGACGACUGCGUAUGCUAUUGGCGAGAAGGCUGCUGA